CCGGGCGAGGAUGCCGUGUGGGUGCUGGACAGCGGCGGCGUGCGCGGGAGCACGACCAACAGCUCGGCCGCGUGGCUGGUGCAGUUCUACUCGUCGUGGUGCGGCCACUGCAUCGGCUACGCGCCCACCUGGCGGGCCCUGGCCAGGGAUGUGCGAGACUGGGCUGCUGUCAUCCGCGUGGCCGCUCUGGACUGUGCCGAGGAACAGAACCACGAGGUGUGCCGGGCCUAUGAUGUCCACUUCUACCCCACCUUCCGGUAUUUUAAAGCGUUUACAAAGGAAUUCACAACUGGAGAGAAUUUUAAAGGAACCGACCGGGAGCUGCAGACGGUAAGACGGAGCAUGAUCGACUUCCUGCAGAACCACACGGAGGGAGCCCGGCCGCCGGCCUGCCCGGCUCUGGACCCUGUUCUGCCCAGUGACGUCCUAUCCCUGUUUGACAGCCGUGACGGCCGCUAUUCGGCCAUCAUCUUUGAAAACAGCAGCUCCUACGUUGGACGAGAGGUGAUUCUGGACCUGACCCCCUACGAGAACGUGCUGGUGAGGAGGGCGUUGGACUCGGACGGGGCGUUUCUCCAGAAACUGGGCGUGUCUUCGCGCCCUUCGUGCUACCUCGUGCACCCAAACGGGACACGGGGCCCCGUUGACAUCCCGAAGCCUUUCCGGUCAUUUUUCUCUGCUUACUUGAAGUCACUGCCCGGAGUGAAGAAGAAACCUCUGUCCGCGCCUGAGAAACCGGGCAGAGAAGAGGACGUAGCCUCCCCAGUCUGGAGGGAAUUUGAUAAGUCCCGGCUGUACACCGCAGACCUGGAAUCCGCGCUGCACUACCUCCUGCGGGUGGAGCUGGCCUCCCACAAGUCACUGGCCGGGGAGGAGCUGAAGACACUCAAGGACUUCAUCAGCCUCGUCGCCAAGCUGUUCCCUGGCCGGCCGCCAGUCAGGAAGCUCUUGGAGAUGCUGCAGGAGUGGCUGGCCAGCCUGCCCCUGGACAGGAUCCCCUAUGACGCGGUGCUCGACCUGGUCAACAACAAGAUGCGGAUAUCUGGAAUAUUCCUAACCAAUCAGGUCAAGUGGGUUGGGUGUCAAGGAAGCCGACCAGAGUUGAGGGGCUACCCCUGUGCCCUCUGGAAGUUGCUGCACACCCUGACGGUUGAGGCAGGAGCUCGCCCAGAUGCGCUGGUUGGCACAGGUUUUGAAGGCAACCCCCAGGCGGUCCUGCAGACCAUGAGGAGGUACAUCCACACCUUCUUUGGGUGCAGGGAGUGUGCCGAGCAUUUUGAGGCGAUGGCACGGGAGUCCCUGGACGCGGUGAAGACCUCCGACCAGGCAGUGCUAUGGCUCUGGAGGAAACACAACGUGGUGAACAGCCGCCUGGCAGGCCAUCUGAGUGAGGACCCCAGCUUCCCCAAGGCCCCGUGGCCCAGCCCAGACCUCUGCGCUGCCUGCCACGAGGAAGUCAAGGGCGUGGACACGUGGCAGGAGGGGCAGGUGCUUGCCUUCCUGAAGUGGCACUACAGCCGCGCCAACGUCCUGGACACAUACUCCUCAGACCCCGGGGGUCCCCAGGAGGAACAAGAGAAGGGACGCCCUGCCCCUCGGGAGUCCUGGGGCAGCCAGCACCCCGGUAGUUUCCGUCCACCAGACGCACCGGGCCCCCGCCCCCACCUGUCGGAGAACUUGCCCCGCAGAGUGGACGUCAGGGCCCAGAGCCCGCACGGAGUCGAGGCCCGCGUGGAGCCUGCCGCCACGGUGCCCACCCUCGGGGCCGGUUUCUCUAGCCUGGACAUGAGCCUCUGUGUCCUGCUCUACGUGGCCUCGUCCCUGUUCCUCAUGGUCAUGUAUUUCUUCUUCCGCGUGAGGGCCAGGCGGUGGAGGGUCAAGCACCACCCCCCCGCGGUGUAG